CAUUUUUUGUGUUGUGCGAGUAAAAGUAAACUGAACCUCAAAAUUUGCAUGAAUUGUUAAUUUUCUAAUUAAUAAUUUUAAAUCAUAUUGUAAAGUAACUAGUGUUUAGGUAGUUAAAAUUAGUGAACAAUUGACAAUAGUUGAGAAUGAACUCAUGGUGGUUAUAUUUUGUAGUUUCGGUAACUACUUUUUGUUUCGCCAAGAGCCACGUAGCCGGCUCCAAGGUGAUUAGCAUCCGGGGUAUACAUCCAACGAAAAUUCCUCUUUAUUCACCUGAUCGAGAUUUUCAUUGUCUCGAUGGCAGUUUAAUUAUUUCAUUUAAUAAAGUUAAUGAUGACUUUUGUGAUUGUGUUGAUGGUAGCGAUGAACCCGGAACAUCGGCCUGUUCAAAUGGCUCAUUUUACUGUCAAAAUUUGAGUUAUAAGCCAAAAUACAUUCCCUCGGGACGUGUUAACGAUGGUGUUUGUGAUUGUUGUGAUGCAAGUGAUGAAUAUGAAUCGAAUGAGUGCGUUAAUAAUUGUUACGAUCUUGGACAUAAAGCGAAACUCGAAGCUGAUGAGGCACAAAAAGUUGCACGUGAAGGAAAUGACAUACGCAAUGAGAUGAUCGCAAAAGGUAAACAAAUAAAGAACGAGUUGCAGCAGAAAUUAUCGAAACUUCGUACUGAUCAUGAUGAGGCAGAAUUAAUAAAAAAGGAAAAGGAGGGUUUAAAGAAGGAUGCUGAGGAGAAGGAGAAAAUAGCUUUAGAUAAAUAUAAACCACCGGAACCGGAACAAAUUGAAACGGAAAACGAUCAUGUACGUGAGGAGAGAUUAAAUGAGGCUGAAGAUUAUUUCAGACUUUUGGAUUCUGAUGCAAGUGGUACGGUAACUAUUGUUGAAUUACAAACGAGAAUUACAUUUGACAAAGAUAGAAAUGGUGAAGUCUCUGAGGAAGAAGCGCUCUAUUUUUUGAACAAUCAACCAGAGAUAACAAUGCAAGAAUUUAUUGACUCAGCUUGGGCGAAUAUUAAACCUUUUAUUAUGUUAGAGAAAGGACUUUUUAAGCCAGCGGGUGAUGAACCAAAGGAAACGGAGGCACAAGCUGAGGAACAAAAUGCUGAACACACGGAGGGAGAUGAAACAGAGGAUCAUGAGGAACAUGACGAUCAUGAUGAUCAAGAUGAUCAUGAAGGUGAAGAAGAAGGCGAGGUAGAGGGAGAAGGAGAAAAAGAAGAACGUACACCGGAACCUGAGGAACCUGCAUCACAAUACGAUGAGGAAACUCAAGCACUAGUCGAUCAGGCAAACACUGCGAGAAAUCGUUUCAACGAAGCUGACAAAGCAGUUCAAGAUCUUUUAACGGACAUUAAAAAGGUGGAGGAAAAAUUAUCAAAUGAUUUUGGAGUUGAUGGUGAAUUUACAUCACUUGAUGAGCAGUGUUUUGAUUUUACUGAUUUAGAAUAUGUUUAUACACUUUGUAUAUUUGGUAAAGCAACACAAAGAUCAAAAUCAGGUGGUAGUGAUGUUAAUCUUGGUUCAUGGAACGAUUGGCAUGGUCCACAAGACAAUAGAUAUUCAAAAAUGAAAUACGAUCAUGGUUAUACAUGUUGGAAUGGACCAGCGCGUUCAACAAUCGUUACAUUAUUAUGUGGAAAGGAAAAUAAACUUCUUUCAGUAACGGAACCAAGUCGUUGUGAAUAUGCGAUGGAAUUUUUAACACCAUCAGUUUGUAAAUUAAUGCCAGAAAUUAUCGACACACACGAUGAAUUGUGAGGCAAUUUUUCUUUUAUUUUUUAAACAAAAAAAAAAUAUAUAUUUUGGUGUUUUUAUGUAAACAGACACAAAACAUGCAUACACAUGAACUGAAAAAAAACUUUUUGCAAAGAAAUUGAAAAUCGAAUUUUUGAGAAAAAAAUGAUUAACAUUUUUUAUUUUUAAAUUCGAUUUUUUUUUUUUUGCACACUUAUUCUGUAUAUGAUGGAACUCUAGUUUACAAGAUAGGUAAUUUUAUUUGUUUAUAGAAAAUAAUUUUUGCUCAGUGACUAAUCACAUAUACGUAAUUGACACAUCGAAUCAGUUUUAUUAACUGUAGAUUAAUAAUUUUUUUUUUUAUUUAUUAUCAAUAGAAUUCUAUAAAUGAAAUUGAUAUGAAAUCAGGUUGAUAACAAAUAAGGGACAUUUUUUUAAACAGUUUUUUUUUUUUUUUUUUUUUUUUUAGUGAAUAUAGAGAAGUAAAAAUUAAAAAAUCAUGUGAAAACUAAUAAAAUUUGAGUUUAUAACGUGAUCUUUUAAUUUUAUUUUUAGUGUUGCUAGAAAAAAUACAAUUUUUAUCUAUAAAAACAUAUUUGAAUGAUAAAUGAAUUCAACUUACCUGAUAUCAAAUGGAUUUAAUCUAGAAUUUUAUUGAUUAAAAUCAUAAAAUCUUAAAUUUUGGAAUUUCAUUUUUUAAGAUUAACAAAUUAUCAAAUUUUAAUUUCUGAAAUUUCAUAAUUUGUGAUAAUUUAUGAAAUAGAUUUAAAAAAAGAAGUUGAUUUUUUUUAAAUCAGAAUACUAAUUAAUUUUUUCAUAUUUUUGAAUUAACUUCAAAAUCAGGAGUUUUAUCAUUAAUUAACGGAAUUGUUAAAUUAUAUAAACAGUACUAAAAAGAAAUUAAAACUUCUGUGAUCGAAAAUAUCUUAACUUACUUAAAAUAAUAUUUUUAAUUUUCAUAAUAAAUAAUUAUUAUAGCCCAAUGAAUUUCACAUAAAUAGAAGCAUAUUCUAGAGAAACUAUAUAUUUCAAAUAAAAUUUUGUAUAUAUAUAUAUACAUGAAAGGAAUUUUGAAAAAGAUUCGAAAAAAAACAAAGAAAAAAAAAGAUAUUUCCUUAUAUUUUUUGUUUUUCUUCAUUAAUGCAAUCCAUAUUUUUUUUUAAGCAUUAAAACACCAAAAAUUGUCAAACAUUAUAUUGUUUGAUAUUGUGAAUUUUUUUUAAGGGGAAAAAAGUGAAUGUUCCCAAGUGAAAUAUUAAGUUUUAAUGAAAUUAUUAAUUAAAGAAAAGAAAUAAGUACGUAAAAAAUAUGAUAAAUAAAUUAAUGAACUCUCGAUAAAUAAUAAAAUUGUCUUUUAUUAAAUAUCGAGUUCAUCGAUUCAUUCCAAUUUUUUGUAAACAAAAUAUAAAUAUAGCGUGUUUAAGAACGCAUUUUGUAAAUUGCAACUAAAAUAAAAUUUAAAUAAUUAA